ACCUCCUGAUGAAGGUGGAUGGUAAGCAUGCAGCCACCCCUUCUACUGGAUCAGGAUGCCCCAGGUUCUCCUGCCAGGAGUCCAACCCUUCGUCCAAAUUCUCCUGUGGACGCAGAACCUCCUUUCAAGCGUCUAAAAGCCGGUGACAAAGUUUAUCCUUUUAAGCCGUGGAAGUUGCUUGCUGUGCUUGGAGAUGCUGCUCGUCUUCCUGUUCCUCUAGUCCCUGCUCUUGCUGCUCAGAUUAUAGAUAAGAAACAAACUUCAACUUUGAUUAGGAAAUUAAAUGAAGUUUUACCUCUUCCAAGUUUGCAGCAUUUGAAGCGUGUAAAAUCCUUGAAAGAAGGCGACACUAACUCUAUCUACCUGCUCUUGUGGAGUAUAGACCCAGACUGUGAUAUAAAUCCAACCCAAGUGAUAAAUAAACUGAAAGAGACCGGGGUUGACACCUCCGCCUUUUCUCCAAAUUUUAGACGUGAAUUAGUCGCUAAAUUUGCACCAUUGACAAGAAGUCAGUUCGAGGGUUUAAAGUGUUUGCCCUCAUACUGGCCUUGCAACUUCCACGAGGACAAGUACUUUGAGUCCCUGGUCACCAGCUCCCACGAGCUGUGGAGCGAGGAGAACCGGAAGCUCCAGGAGGAGUUUAUGACGAGGGCUCUGGGUCGAGGGACAGGUGGGGGACUGGUGGUGGAUCCUAGUACUAAUACCGUUAUUGCUGAAGGACAUGGAACUGAUGGACACCCACUACAUCAUACAGUUAUGAAUCUAGUAGACUUAGUGGCCAGAUCUCAGGGAGGAGGAGCACUUGAACACACCGAGAUUACGCCCACCCUCGUCUUCAACCCGUCUACCAUCCCCCAGGAUACCUCAACCAGUGAAGAGGUCGAGGAAAAAACGACAACAUCGCACAAUCAUCUCAAGAGAUACGGCAGCAUUGCGCAGUUAUCCUCUGUUCCUAAAACUGGACCAUAUCUGUGCACGGGGUAG